AUGCUCCUGAGCCCUCCUUCCCGCCAAGGGUCUUCCAGCAUUCCCGUUCACAUCAACCUCCAGAGCGUCCGCCGGAGACCGGACAGGAUUGACCAUACAUACAAAAGCAUGUCUCUGAAGACAGGUGGACUCAUUCCAGUGCUGUGUGUAAUCCCCAGGCAGACAAAUACCACAUUGUCUAUGAAGGAGACCAGAAGUAAAGGAGAGAAAGGCAAGACCCAGGCUCCCACAGCCAGUGUGGGUGAAGAGAGGGCCAUCCUUCUGGGACUUUCCAUGAUCGGAUUUUCCUUUCUCAUGUACUUCCUGUUUGGAAUCCUAAUUGUGAAUCCCUGUCUUCGCAGCAACUGGAUUGAAGAGUCCAACUGCACCGUGAUCCAGGCCUCCUUUCAGGACGAGUGGGAAGACACUAUGACAGAGUUCAGGUUUCCCUGUCUGAACAUCACUGUGAACCUCUCCCGCCCUGACCACAAGGCCCAAUUUGCCAUGCUAUACUACAAUGAGGAUGCAUUGGAUCUACCCUCCAAGUGUUUUUAUAGGCCCAAAUACCGGAAAAAUACGAGCGACGUACAAGAAGAGGCCGAUAGGAUUUACAGGUUCUUCCUAACACGAAACGAGACGUUCACAUGCUUUGCCAGCCGGAAUGAACACCAUCUCGGGUAUACCAACCCAGGGGAUGCCAUCCUGACCAGGAAAUGCGACAGCUGCCAAGUGAUGCAAUAUAUGUCCUUUUCUACCCUGAUGUUGGUUGGUGGGGUCAUGACCAUCAUCCUUGUGAGGCUAAAUCAGCAUCUGUCCCACAAGGUCGCACAGUUCAACCAUCCAAGGUCAGAGGAGGUGGCUUGACCAGCUAAAGGUGGAAAGAGGAGCCUGGCCUGAGAUCAGGGUUGUGCCAUAUUACAGUUUAAAUUUCUAUCGACAGAACUGUAAUUCAAAUGACAAUGGAGCAGCCUACAGCCUCGUGGUUAAGGUGCUUGACUGAGACCUGGAAGGUUGGUGGUUCCAGCCCCAGUGUAGCCACAAUAAGAUCAGUGCAGCUGUCGGGCCCUAGAGCGAGGCCCUUAACCCCACAUUGCUCCAGGGGGGAAUGGCCCCUGUCUAAUCGAGUGCAAGUCACUUUGGAUAAAAGUGCCAGCUAAAUAACUGUGACAAUAUUCUUUAAGAAGGGAACUGGAAUUAAACUUUAACGGACACACAGAAUUGAAUUUAAUGAGUGAAUUGAAUUUGAA